UCGACUGCUCGAUUGACCGAGCACGCGUCCAAUCGAUUGUAUAGUAUAAAAAAAUAAAUACAAAUAUAAAAUAAAAUAAAAGUUAUAUGAAAUAAGGCUAAGUAACAACGUAUAAUAUAAUUUAAUGCGGAGCAGCCAGUGGAACAACGUUUCCUGCCAUUGACCAACUUAAGCAGAUCGAAUUUCAGAACGGAGCAACUGGGAAUCCGGCAAAGUGAGUCCCGUCAAGCAAUUGCCGCCAUGCUAGCUAGCGAAUCCACAGCACCAGACGCUCUGGAAGCGCCGGUGGCAACCAAAACAACAACAGAAGUCGCCACACCGCCAGAAUCUGGGAAUGAUCAGGCGGAGGACAGUGGUAAUGUGGAGGAGGGCGAUGCCGACACGGAUGCGGAUGCGGAUGCGGAGGCCGCUGCCGUGGAGACCGAGGAGCGCGAGGAACUGCAGCAGUUCAUCAACGAGCUGCGCGACAAAAUCGAGAGCAAGCGGCAGCUGCGGCUUCAAAACUCCACAUUCGAGCUACCCGGCGAGGAGCACUUCGCCAAACUGGACUCCAACCUUAAGAAGAACACGGCGUUCGUGAAGAAACUGAAGCUUUUCACGGCCACCCAGCUGGAGGCGCUUCUGCGGGAGCUGUCCGCCCUGAAUCUGAGCAAGUACAUUUCGGAGAUAUGUGCUGCGCUGGCCGAGGCCAAGCUAAAGAUGACCGAUGUGCCUGCGGUGGUGACUCUGGCCUCCCGGCUGCACUGCACCUACGCCGACUUCGAUGUCCAGUUCCUGGAGGCCUGGCAAAAGGCCCUGAACAUCAAGGCCAGCGAGAAGAUUGCCAAUCCCAGCAAGCUGCGCGUGGAUCUGCGCCUAUUCGCCGAACUGGUCAGCUCUGGUGUAAUCCAGAUGAAGCCUGGCUUGGCCCAGCUAGGCGUUGUUCUGGUGCACCUAAUUGCCCAGGAUAAGGACGACCACAGCAACUUCUCUAUCAUCCUUUCGUUCUGCCGGCACUGCGGCGAGGAGUAUGCCGGCCUAGUGCCGCAGAAGAUGCAACAGUUGGCCAGCAAAUUCGGCGUGGAGGUGCCCAAGUCCGACUUCCUCACUGCCGACAAGCAGCUCAAUCUACGCACCAUGCUCAAGGGCUACUUCAAGGCCCUGUGCAAACAUGUCCUGGCCGAGCAGACCGAGCUGAUGAACAUGACCAAGAACAUCCGGCGCACUAUGGAGUGCAAGGGUGAGAUCUCCACGGAAAAGCGGGAGAAAUGCGAGCUCAUGCAGGCAGGGUUCGAUAAGCUGCUAGCGUCCGCUCAGUCCCUGUCGGAGCUGCUGGGCGAACCACUGCCGGAGCUGGCCAAGGAGUCGGAGUGUUGCAAUCCGGGAACGGUCAUCGACAACAUGCUGGACAGCGCCGCCUUCGGGGUGCUCGAUCCCUGGGGCGACGAGGAGACCCGCUCUUUUUAUACAGAUUUACCCGAUUUACGGCAGUUUCUGCCCAACUUUUCGGCACCGAAAGUGGAUCUGGAAACGCUGGAAGAACCCAGUGAACUCACCGAAGAAGCGAUUGAAGCCAAUCUAGAUGCGGAAAUGGAUCUGGAUGAUCCGCCAUCUACCACCUCGGAUACGGCGCUGGAAACUGCCAGCGAAGAGCAGCCGAGCACACCAGCUACACCAGCGGAGGAUGUGAAGCCACAAAAGAUGGGCAGCGCCUUAAUGGAACUGGGUCGGCAGCAGCAGCAGCAAAGCCAGCAGAACCAGAAUCAGAGCCAGACCCAAACCCAGACCCAGAUGCGGCAGCAGUUCGAUGGCUUCCUGGUCAACCUGUUCAACUGUGUGAACAAGGAGCUAAUUGAUUCGGCGGCCAUCGAGUUCCUGCUGAACUUCAACACCAAACAUCAGCGCAAAAAGCUGACGAGGACCAUAUUCUCGGUGCAGCGCACUCGCCUGGACAUCCUGCCCUACCUCUCCCGUUUCGUGGCCAUCGUGCAUCUGUGUAAUACGGAUGUGGCCGCCGAUUUGGCGGAACUGCUGCGCAAGGAGUUCAAGUGGCACAUCCGCAAGAAGAACCAGCUGAACAUCGAGUCCAAGCUAAAGAUUGUGCGGUUUAUUGGCGAACUGGUGAAGUUCGGGUUGUUCAAGAAGUUCGAUGCCUUAGGAUGUCUGAAGAUGCUGCUGAGGGACUUUCAGCACCACCAAAUCGAGAUGGCCUGUGCCUUUGUGGAGGUCAGCGGCGUCUAUCUGUACAAUUGCCGUGAUGCCCGCCUGCUGAUGAACGUGUUUCUGGACCAAAUGCUGCGUUUGAAGACGGCCACGGCGAUGGAUUCUCGCCAUUCGGCGCAAAUCGAGAGCGUUUACUAUCUGGUAAAGCCGCCGGAGUCGUCCAAGCGAGAGCCUACGAUUCGGCCACCCAUGCAUGAGUACAUCCGUCACCUGAUCUUCGAGAAGCUCUGCAAACAGAAUGUGGAGCAAUGCAUCAAGAUGCUGCGCCGCAUCGACUGGCAGGAUCCGGAGACCAAUUGUUAUGCCAUCAAGUGCCUCAGCAAGGCCUACCUGUUGCGCUUUCCGCUAGUCCGCUGCCUGGCCGAUCUCGUCUCCGGCCUGAGUUCCUAUCAGCCGCGGGCGGUGACCAUCGUGAUCGAUAAUGUGUUCGAGGACAUCCGCGCGGGUCUGGAGAUCCAUUCGCCGCGCAUGGCCCAGCGGCGCAUUGCGAUGGCCAAGUACCUGGGCGAGAUGUACAACUACAAGCUAGUGGAGUCCACCCACAUCCUCAAUACGCUGUACUCGAUCAUCUCGCUGGGCGUGUCCAUGGACCAGAGUGUCGUCUCGCCGCUGGAUCCACCUGACAGCCUGUUCCGUCUGAAGCUGGCCUGCAUGCUACUGGACACGUGUGGACCCUAUUUCACCAGCCAGGCCACGCGGAAAAAGCUGGACUACUUUUUGGUGUUCUUCCAGCACUAUUAUUGGUUCAAGAAAACCCAUCCCGUGUUCAGCAAGUCGGAGAACACCUCCGAUUUGUUUCCCAUCCUGGUGGAUCACACCUAUCGCGACUGCCUGGCCGGUGUGCGGCCCAAGCUGAAGCUGUUCAAAAGUUUGGAGCAGGCCAAGGCGGCAAUUGAUCAGUUGCAGGAGAAGCUCUAUCCGCAGCUGAAGGCCACCAGUGCCCAGGAUCCGUCACUGGCAUCCAUCAGCGAAAUUAGCGAGCUAGACGAAGGCGCCACCGAUGAGGACUCGGGAUCCUCAAAUGACCAACGGGAGCGACAGGUUGCCGGCCAGGAGCCGGAGCAGAGCAACGACUGGACGGAGAACGAGGCGGAGCCACCGCUGCCGCCACCCCCACCGCUAGAGAAGUCUAAGGAGGACCUUGAGUUCGAGCACUUGUACGAAAAGAUGACCACGGACUCGUACCAAGAACGGCUGAAGGAGCCGAUCAAGGCCACAGCCAAGGAUAUACCGGUGCCGAUGAUGGCACGCUUGCAAAAGAAGUCGUACGAACAGAUUACGGGUGGUCAGGCCUCCGGCAGUGGUAAUGCCAAUGCGCCACAGAUCUCAAAGGCGGUCGCCAAUCAUGACGCAGCACCCGGCUCUCCAGGCUCUGAACCUCCUGAUGGCAAUGGCAAACCCAGAGGAGGAGGAGGAGGCGGCUGCGGCGCUGCAGUAGCAUCAGCAGCAACAGCCGCCGUGCCGUUCGUGCUGAUGGUGCGCGGCAACAAGGGUGGCAAGCAGCAGUUCAAGUCAUUCGUGGCGCCUUCGGACUCACAGUUGGCAAUCAACCUGAAACUGCAGGAGCAAAAGAUCCGCGAGGAGAAGGAGAAGGUCAAGCGCCUUACGCUUAAUAUAACGGAGCGGAUCGAGGAGGAGGAUUACCAGGAGUCACUGCUGCCGCCGCAGCAGCGCAACUUCACCCAGAGCUACUACCAGAAGCCCAACAAGCACAAGUUCAAGCACCAAAAGGGCGCCCCUGAUGCGGACCUCAUCUUCCACUGAGACGCUGUCCCCGCUGCCGGAACCGAAAGAAAGCCGGGGCCGGUGAGUGUGGGAGCUCCCAUGUGCCGCACAUGCGUAGUAGCACCUUUGCUUGUUCUCAGCCUCCUGGCCAGCGCAUCGAUACCACUCUGCUGCUGUACGGCCCAUCGACUGCGACUGCGAUUGUGUACCACGGAAUCGAGAGAAUGAGAGAGAGGAACGCUCCAAGAGCCGUCCACUCUCCGCCACGAAAAAUGCCCCCAAGCUCCGGACGAUAUCCACAUGAGCCACAUCAACCUCAAGCCGUACUUAAGCCAACCAAUCCAAACCCACACUUUGCCAGCACGCAAUCGCAGUCGUGGCAGCUCAAGCCAAUCCAGAUGGCCCGGGUCCACGUGCUCGUCUUCGAUAUUAUCGUGUACAUAAAACUGCUACUCCCCGAUUCGUAUCCGUAUAUUUUAACACUACAUAGUACGUAAAAUUGCCUAGACUUGUUUCGAAAACAGACCCCUAUGAAUAACAAAGCAUGUAUACAACGAUAUAUACAGAACAUAUAUAGAAUGUUAUACACACAUCCGAUAUUGCCAUCCGAUGUUCGCUGUUCCAUUGACAUUUUUGAAUCAAAUGCAAAGUACAGUCUGAAA